UGGAAAAACUAACUGCUUCGUCCAAAUCAAACCCUCACGGCGUUUCUCCUCCCAUGAAAAAGUCCGCCAGGUGGGAGAGACUCGGAUCCGAUUUCUCGCAGACUGCUUCUCCUUCGCCCUCAUCCUCAUCAAGGCUUUCCUCGAAUCAAAACCUCCGCUUGCAGCUCUGUCCGAGCGUAUCUGCCCACCGAGCUCGCCGAUCUCGUUUGGGGCAUGGAACACUUUCAGCAUAUUGGAGAGGUGCUUGGGAGCAUCCGAGCCCUGAUGGUCUUCCGCGAAGAGAUUCGCAUAAACCCACGGCAGUGUCAACUCCUAUUAGAUGCUUUCGAGGCUGCUUUUGCCAUCGUCUCCGACAAGAUGCGGCAAAAUCUCCGGCUUGACGAGAAGCAGACGAAAUGGAAGCCCCUUGAACAUUCGCUGAAGGAGCUCUAUCGUGUCUUCCGUGAAGGCGAGCACUACAUUCGCCAAUGCUUAGAGCCCAAAGACUGGUGUGGAAGAAGCGUCUUUCUCACCCAAUCCGCCGACUGCGUCGAGCAUCAUUUGCAUAAUCUCCUCUGCUCCAUACCUGUGAUCCUCGAAGCCAUCGAGAACAUCGGCGAGGUGACCGGUGACUUUCACGAGGACAUUCAUAGAAAGAAUGUGAUAUUCAACAAAAAGUAUGCGAAGGAGUGGAUGGAACCCAAGCUUUUCCUGCAUAGGUUCGGAAAACUUUACCUUGUUUCACAAGAAAUGUGCAGGAGAAUUGAUGUUGUCGCUAAGGAGGAUAAAUGGCUUUUAUCGGAAACCAUUGAUGAUUUGAGAAGCUCUAUGUCAAAACAGGAGAAUCGGUUGGCUGAGCUAUUGAAGUUCCCUAGGGGAAAGAUACUUCCAAUCUCCACGCUUACAGGCUCGCCGGAUUACCAGUUCAGACGGAGGAUAGGCAGGAGCAGUCAUCUCAAGGAGAUUCAAUGGUUCGGGGUCAGUUUUGCUCUAAAGCACGUUUUUUGUAAUGUGGAACAGUUGAUGCCAGAGAUUUCGCUUUUGUCUUCUCUCACUCACCCAAAUGUGUUACAUUACCUGUACUGCUUCUCUGAUGAGGAGAAAGAAUGGUUCAUGGUGAUGGAGCUUAUGGACAAGGACCUAUCUAGUUACAUCAAAGAGAUUUUCUGUGCGAGGAGAAAGGUUCCCUUUCCGCUCUCUCAUACUGUUAAUAUCAUGCUUCAAAUAGCACGAGGAAUGGAGUAUCUGCACUCUAAAAAAAUCUAUCAUGGUGACCUGAAACCCUCAAAUAUUCUCCUGAAGACGAAAAACAGUUCAUCAUCUGAUGCUUAUGUUCAUGUAAAGAUUGCCGGAUUGGGACAGUCUGCAGCAAGAGUUCCUUCGACUCCUAUGACUGACACAGAUCCCUGCAUUUGGUAUGCGCCAGAAGUUCUAUCAGAUCAAGAACACCAACUUGAAGCAGGGAAUGUGAAAAAGUAUACUGAAAAGGCAGAUGUGUAUAGUUUUGGGAUGACAUGUUUUGAGCUUCUUACUGGUAAAGUUCCAUUUGAGGAAGGACAUCUCCAGGGUGACAAGAUGAGCAGAAACAUAAAGUUAGGGGAGAGGCCUCUCUUCCCCUUUCCAUCGCCAAAGUUUCUCUCAAAUUUGACAAAAAAAUGUUGGCAUGCUGACCCGAAUCAGAGACCGAGCUUCUCUUCAAUUUGCAGGAUGCUUCGAUACAUCAAGAAUUUCUUAAUCAUGAAUCCCGAGACUGGACAGCCAGGCCAGUUUUCACCUCCAUUGGAUUACUUUGACAUAGAGAUGAACCUGUCAAAGAAAUUUGAGGGCUGGGAAAGGCGAGAAAUGUCGCAGGUAUAUGAUAUUCCUUUUGAGAUGUAUGCUUAUCGGGUAACUGAGAGGGAGAGGAACUCUGUAAAUCUUAAGGAGAAGAAUUCUGAUUCAGGCAGUGAAACAUCAUUCAGUGGCGAGGAGAAUCGAAUUCCUGCAGAG